GGCGAGGUUUAGGUUUGGGGGACAAGUCCAGGAAGCUGCACCAACUGAUAAGGCAGAAAACAUAUGUAGUUUUUGGAUUAUUUCUCUCUUAGGGUUAAGUUUAGAAUUUAAAAUACUGCUUCAAUUCGGCGUGUCAAUAUCUGCCUAUUGGUCCCCAAUAGGACUAUACUGUAUGGUUUGCGGCCGUGCACACCCUAACUCCUGGAUAUGGCGGGUCUCUGUGGUCUAAAGAUCCUGCUGCUCUUGGCUCUAAUCAUCGGUUUGGCCAACUGUGAAGACCCAAAAGAUGUUUCAACCUCCUCACCUCCACCCACCACCACAAAGUCCAGUGUACCUCCAAAACCCAACCAAUCUGUCACCUCCUCACUUCCACUCACCACGGCAGCAGAUGUUUCAACCUCCUCACUUCCACACACCAUCACAAAGUCCACUUUACCUUCAGAAACCAGCCAAUCUGUCACCUCCUCACCUUCACGCACAAUCACAGCAGCUACUGUCAAGCCUACAGGCACCCCAGCACCUGCCCUCAUUCUUUCACGCACCACACCAACCCUCAAAUCAGACUCCAAAGUUCAGGCACUCAGUUCAACUACCAUGCCUGAUGUUUCAUCUUCCACACCUCCACCCACCACCACAAAGUCCAGUGUACCUCCAAAACCCAACCAAUCUGUCACCUCCUCACUUCCACUCACCACGGCAGCAGAUGUUUCAUCCUCCUCACCUCCACCCACCACCACAAAGUCCAGUGUACCUCCAAAACUCAACCAAUCUGUCACCUCCUUACUUCCACUCACCACGGCAGCAGAUGUUUCAACCUCCUCACUUCCACACACCAUCACAAAGUCCACUUUUCCUUCAGUAACCACCCAAUCUGUUAACUCCUUACCUUCACGCACCAUCACAGCAGCUACUGUCAAGCCUACAGGCACCCCAGCACCUGCCCUCAAGCUUUCACCCACCACACCAACCCUCACAUCAGACUCCAAAGUUCAGGCACUCAGUUCAACUACCAUGCCUGCUACUACUCUUGCUGCAAACACCUCACCUGCAUCCUCACCCUCAACCACUGAGAAAUCACUCUCUCCAACCACAAACCAGACCUCAACUCCAAUCACCACUACAGUGUCUACUAACAUCACAGCCACCACAAAUGCCCCUCCAUCUCCGCAUUGUUUUUACACUGUUAUGAGCAUCAAGGGUGGCUUCCAGAUUAACAUUACAAGCUCUACCAAUGGUACCUACACCAUAAACAUUAAAGAGAAGGGCUCACCUGAAAUUGUAAAGAAAUCCAACGUUCAGCACUCCAAUCAAAACACAGCACAUAAUAUCCAAGACCUGAAGCCCUGCACUGAAUAUAAGCUUAAUGUGGCAUUUAUUGAACUGAAUGCGAGCAAAGAAACCCCCUGUAACGACACUGGAAAUGAAAUCACAAAGACAAUUGGAAUGCGUAAAGAUGACAUUGAAGAAGUCAACUGCACCCCUGGAUCCGUUUGUUACCGUAGUGAUUGGAACAUCAGCUCUUCACUGUCAACAUCAAAUCACAUUCAAGCUGAGCCAUGCAAAAGUGACAAUAAAAUAUUGUGUAUCAUACCUCGUUAUGAUGACAUCUGCUCAGAUUUGACCAUAACCUUCACUUCAGGAAAAUGUUCAAACUCCUUUAGCCUCAACAAAAGCAUCCCUGUUGAUUUCUUAAAUUCAAGGUAUAUAAAUCAUACUGAUUCCACUAGACUUCCUGCAGAAAUAGAAACAACAUUUCCUCAAAACUGUCAUGAUCUCACCGCCGAUUACACCUGUUGGGAAAGUGGAAAACUCAGUGAGCUCAAGAAAUUGCCUGAGUUGGAGCCCUUCACAAACUACAGGUGUAUUGGUCAGAUCCAGGAUGUCAACAAUGUCACCAUAAAAAACACAACUGAGUUCAGCUUCCAGGUUGACUGUGAUCUUACAAUUAACCCAAUGCUGAAUGCAACCAAUACCUCCAUUGUGUUGAGUUGGACCACGACCAGUAACAACUGUCAAGAUGUCCAUCUUCAGAAGCUUUCUUAUGGCUGCAGCUGUGUCCCUACUCCCAAACAGAAACCCACAAUGAAGAAACAUACACCAGGAAGAACAUGUAAUUUUACUGGACUGACACCAUACACCGACUAUACCUGUGAAGUCCAACCCGCCUACAACAACAGUGAUGUUGGCCAACCAGCUAAAAAGAAACAGAAAACUGAAAUUGGAAAGCCAGAACAUGUGACCAAUUUGGUGGUGACUGUCCCAGAGCAUAAUGUGAUUAAAGUAACAUGUAAUAAACCAAACACUUUAAAUGGACCUGCAGUGGAAUACAUUGCAUGUCUUAAUGAUUGCAGUGGAACUCUGAAGGAGAGAAAUGAAAAUUGCAAUUUUGAAUUCAGAGAUCUUAGCUACUCUACGACCUACACAUUGAAGGUGACUGCUGUCAACAGUGAAUUUGAGAGCAACCCCGAGACAAAACAAGUGGACACUCGCUAUAAUGACAAAGCUGUCAUUGGGUUUCUGGUCUUCCUCAUCAUCCUCACAUCUGUUGCUCUGCUUUUGGUCCUCUACAAGAUUUACAUCCUGAAGCGCAGAAAUUCCCAUGACAUGAGUGAAAACUUGAUGCUUAUUUCGACAGCAAAUGAUGAGGAAAACUUGAUGCCUGUCGAACCAAUUGCAGGAGAGUUCCUGCUCGAAGCUUACAAGAGGAAGCUCGCUGAUGAAGGAAGACUUUUUCUGGCUGAGUUUCAGAGCAUCCCCAGAAUUUUCUCGAGGUACACAGUGAAAGAGGCCAAAAAGUCCUGCAAUGUCCCAAAGAACCGCUACGUGGACAUCCUGCCAUAUGAUUAUAACCGUGUCCAGCUGACCACCGGAAAUGGAGAGGCAGGAUGUGACUACAUCAAUGCCAGUUUCAUUGAUGGGUACAAGGAAUCCAAAAAGUACAUUGCAGCUCAAGGGCCAAAGGAGGAGACCGUGGGUGACUUCUGGAGGAUGGUCUGGGAGCAGCAGUCCUCUAUCAUUGUCAUGGUAACACGCUGUGAAGAGGGAAACAGGAUCAAGUGUGCGCAGUAUUGGCCGUCUCCAGAACGAGAGACAGAGAUCUAUGAGGAGUUUAUAGUGAAGCUGAGUUCAGAGGACCACUGUCCAGAUUACACCAUCCGCCAUCUCAGCCUAACUAAUAAGAGGGAGAAGAACUCAGAGCGGGAGGUGACCCACAUUCAGUUCAUGAGUUGGCCAGACCACGGCGUCCCAGGGGAGCCACAUCUCCUCCUGAAACUGAGGCGGCGUGUCAAUGCUUUCAAGAAUUUCUUCAGUGGCCCCAUCGUCGUUCAUUGCAGCGCGGGAGUUGGCAGGACAGGCACCUACAUUGGCAUCGACGCCAUGAUGGAGGGUCUGGAGGCAGAGGGCAGAGUGGACAUCUACGGUUACGUAGUCAAACUUCGCAGACACAGAUGUCUAAUGGUUCAAGUAGAGGCCCAGUACAUCCUGAUUCAUCAGGCACUGCUGGAACACAAUCAGUUUGGAGAGACUGAGAUCACUCUGUCUGAGCUCCACAGCACACUGAGCACUCUUAAACAGAAGAACUCAGCCAGUGAACCCACCUUAAUGGAAGACGAGUUUGAGAGACUCCCCACCUAUAAAAACUGGAGGACAUCCAACACAGGGAUUACAGAAGAAAACAAGAAGAAGAAUCGCUCUUCAUCUGUCAUCCCAUAUGACUACAACCGCGUGUUGCUGAAGCUAGAUGAGGGACAUAGUCGUGAUAGUGACCCUGAUGAAGAUGAUGAGGAAGACUCCUCUGAUGAGGAGGAUGAGGAGUCCACUAAGUACAUCAAUGCCUCUCACUUAGAUGGUUACUGGGGCCCACGCACCUUCAUUGCAGCACAGACUCCGCUGCCAGACACCAUGGCUGACUUCUGGGCGAUGGUUUACCAGAAGAAAGCAUCUACUAUUGUCAUGCUCUCAGAUUGCACUGAGGGAGAUACGGAGCCUGACUGUGUCUACUGGGAUAAAGACAAGAAAACAUUUGGGGACAUUGAGGUGGAGGUGGAAAGCACAGAGAACUCCCCGACUUUCAUCACCCGCAACAUACUUAUCCGCCAUGUCAAGAGGAAAGAGAGUCGGCCGGUGAAACACUUCCAGUUCCUGAAGUGGAUGAACAGAGAGGUGCCGGAGAAACCUCAAGAUCUCACGGACAUGAUCAAGGACAUCAAGCGCAGCUAUGGCAGCAGCAAUUCACAAAGGAGUGUGCCAAUCGUGGUCCACUGCAAUGAUGGCUCGUCCCGUUCAGGGAUUUUCUGUGCUCUAUGGACCGUGCUGGACAGCGCUGAGACUGAGAAGCUGGUGGAUGUUUUCCAAGUGACCAAAACCCUACGCAAAGAGAGACAGGGCAUGAUCCUCAGCAAGGAACAGUACCAGUUCCUGUAUGACGCACUGGAGGGGGUCUACCCUGUUCAGAACGGGGAAGUGAAAGCAGUACAGGCCUCUGCAGCCGACUCCAUCCAAAUUGUCAAUGAAACCACAGAAGCAGAGCAGCUGGCCAGCACUACCAGCAAUGACCAGCAGGGGGAAGCGGAGAGUGCUCCUCUUGUGGCUGAUGAAGGGAAGGAAGACAAAAAAGAGGAGCCUGAAGAAGUUUCCAAUGCGCCAACAGAGACAACACCUCUGGAAGACACCAGCAAUGGUCCCACUGUCACUGUGGAGGUCUGAAAGGGGUGGCAGCAGGGGCAGGACGGUGCCUUUUACUUUUACUUUACCCAGCUGAAUGCUUUCUUUUAAUUAUACUUUAUGAAUGUAUAAACAUUGUAAAGCUUGGUAUUGGUUGAGAUUUAUUAAAGAAUUUGAUCAAAUGUUUUACUGUCAAUUUCCAAAAAUAUGCGUUAACUAAGUUAUAAAUACUUUAGUAGAAAAAGGAUGAAAAUAUUAAUUUCUAUGAACAAAGUUUACCAUAAAUGCUGUUAUCAAACUCUGGGCCUUUACUGUAUAGUUAAGAUACAAGAACAAAAUUUUGAAUAUACAGUAAAUAAGUUGUUGUUUUGUACCCCUUUACUAUUUGAGUUAGUUUAUGUACUGUUGUUCUUGCUAAAUAAAUGGAUGCUAUAGUCUAGAUCUAUAUAUAUCUGGUAUAGCUGAAUAAGUCGUUAAGUUCAAAAUUUGUUGUGACACUGUAACCUUUAAUUAAAAGAGACGUACAAAGAG